GGUCUCUGCAUCUCCCUGGCAACCCAGGAUGGGGGCGUGGCCUUGAGGGGGCGUGGCAAGAAAGGCGGGCUCAGACGCAGAUAGUUUUCUCUUGAUGAAGGCUGCGAGGCCGCUACACCUCAGGCCAGCGUAUUGUCCCAGCUCGGCGCAGCCGCUGGUGGCAUCUGGCGCAUCCCCGCUGGGUUAAGGUUCAGCCUGCUCUGGUAUGCGUUAGCCAGCUUGUGCCGCAAGGAAGCCCCCGACAGGCACCGGGACUUGAAGUUGCGUUUUUGCAACGGCGCCCAAGGCCUUCACCCUCAGUGAGGCACGCGGACAGCCGCACGUCCGUCGCGCAAGGCGAGCUAUCACAGACGCGGCUCCCAACAGAAGUGUGCAUUCAUUCAGUGAUGCUCCAGUGGUGACAAUGUCCAGUGGAGAGCCGUCCGUGGGCGCAUACUCUUCCUGAGCUCUGAGUAAAGGCAGCCUCCUCAUCCCGGCUCAGCAUGGCCACCAUGUCAAGACAGAGACUCCGUGGUCACCUGGGGCCCUCUUGUGUGCCUGGCAGCUCGAGGGCAGGCACGCUCCCUUCUUCAACCUGCCCACGAGCCUCUCCUUGCCGCCCAGCCCUGUACCCCGCUGGUCAGGAGCAGUGUCCCCUCGGGUCCGUGGCCUAUGUGCGCAGGGAGAGCCAGCGAGUCUCCUGCUCUGGAGCCAGAGGUGUCCCUCCGGGGGCCGCUGCCCCCCCCCCCAAGGCCGAGGCCCCCAAGCUGCUGGAGGUUCUGAGUGCCCUGGAGAGGAGCAAGUCAGGCCACAGCAGGGAGGAGAUAUUUAUCGUGGCCCCCCGACAAUGCGGCGGGAGACUUCACUGACGAGGAUUCCGGAGACAAGACGGCCAGCGCGGCCCCCAGCUGCCGGCAGCGUGCUGCACGCCUUGGUCGUGUCCGAGGACAACUCCUGCCGCGAGGACAGAGAGGAGCCGUGCUGCAGUCGACCCGGAGAGGCAGCAAGGCGGGGGCGGAGGCUCAGCACGUCUGGACCAAGAGAGACAUCCAGCCGGACUUAGGUAGCUGGACGGCAUCAGACCCUCACAUGGAGGACCUCAAGAGCCGAGCCCCGUGGGCCUCUUUGAAUUGUUCUUUGAUGAAGGCGCCAUCAGCUUUAUUGUGAAGGAACCAAUCGCUACGCAGAAGGGCGUCUGCCUGGGGCUCGCUGCCCAGGAGCUGAAGUGCGCGCUGGGCGUCCUGAUCCUGAGCGGCUAUGUCUCUUACCCCUGCCGCAAGAUGUCCUGGGAGACAUCUCCCGACUCCCACCAUCGUCUCGUGGCCGGUGCCAUCAGGAGGGACAGAUUCGAUCUCAUCCUCUUCUCGUACCUGCACUUCGCGGACAACAGCGAGCUGGAUGGGAGUGACCGGUUCGCCAAGGUCCACCUGCUUAUCGAGCGGAUGAACUGUAGCUUCCAGAGACACACGCCGCUGGAGGAGUGCUACAGCUUCGGCCAGUCGGCCUGCGAGUACUUUGGGCCGCAGGGCAGCCGGCAGCUACCCUCGAUGCGGCUGGGCUGCAGGGUCUGGUGCGGGAUCACCAGCGGCGGCUACCUGGUGUGGUUCGAGCCCUCGCAGGGCACACUGUUCAGCUGGCCGGACGGUGCCCUGGACCUGGGCGGCAGCAUGGUGGUCUGGUUUGUGGACGGUCUGCAGGGCCGCAGCUGCCCCUACCACAUCUUUUUCGACAAGGUUUUCGCGAGUGUCAGGCUGCUGUCCAUUUUGAGGAAAAGGGGCAUUAAGGCUGUGGACAGGACGGAUCGGUGUCCCCUCAAAGGUCCCUGGGAGCUGAGGAGGAUGAAGAGGGGCACCUUCGACUACAAAGUGGACAAGCACGAGGAGAUCAUCCUGUGCCACUGGUGCGACAGCGGCGUAUUCAGCCUCUGCUCCAACGCCGUGGGCAUCAAGCCCGUGAAGCCAGCCGGGCGGCACUCAGGCGCGGCCGGGGUGCAGCCGCAGGUGCCCCAGCCCUGGCUGGUAAGGCUUCAUCGGGACAAGGCGGGCGGCGUGAGCCGGCUGGACCAGAACAUGGCUAGGUACAGGGUGAAGAUCCGCGGCCUGAAGUGGUACUCAAGCUUCCUGGGCUACAUCAUGGACGCCGCCCUCAACAACACGUGGCAGCUGCACUGGCUGUGCUGUCUGGACGCGCAGGUGGACUUGCUGGCCUUCCGCAGGUACGUGGUGGUGUACCUGGAGAGCAAUGCGGACCCUACCUCGCAGGGCCGACGCGGCCGACGGCUGGAGACCGAGAGCCGCUUCAACAGGAUCGGGCCCUGGAUCAUGCACCAGAGCAAGAGGACCCGCUGCCCCAUGCACUCGCAGACCGACACGCGGUGUGAGAAGUGCCAGCAGGGCGUGCGCGCCAAGUGCUUCCAAGAGUACCACACCCGCUGAGCGGGAGGGCCACCACAUCCCAUGCCGGGUGGAGGGCGAACCCUGCCGCCUGCCCUGGCGUUCAGUCCCCACCCCCACGGUCAUCCUGGGUUUGCACGGACGUUGUCGCGCCUCCCCGUGGCCUAAGUUAGUAUUUACAUUUGGGUGCUGAAGUGUUUACAGGUCUGUGUUUUAUCCUGUUAUUUAUUUAAACUUAUUCAAAUAAAAUUUUGCGUUGGGGUAGAUUUGAGUUCUAGUAGGGAUGAUCGAAGAAGAACUUAGAUAACCAGUAAAAGAAUUUUACUAGUAUGUGCCAUGAUCUGAGGUGUAGGUGGUCGUGUACUAAAUAUCACAGUGAGACAGUGAAGGAUUCCUUGGAGAGGUCUGGCUCACGUAGUCUAGGGCUAUCAGAUUCUCCGUAUAUACACAGCCUGUCCUGUAUUUGUUCCGAAAGCUAGAGCGGCAGAGUUAUAUUUUUUGGUAAAAAUAUUUUCUUAUUUAAAUGUAUUCAUGUGGAAUCUAUAAUAAAUAUGAGAUGGUAGGGAA